AUGCGCUCGAUUUGGGGGUUAAUUGCGGUGGUCACCGCGGCAACUUUUUAUCUCUACCUCCUGUCAGCUUUCCUGCCGCCGGGUCCACACAUACGAAUGAAAUAUGAAGUGAGGCAGACAGAAGACAGUAGAAUUGGUGUUGUGGACGUGGACGAGGAAGAGGAAGAAACGUCCAGACUGAAAUUCCCAUCAGAUUUGGAUGAGCUGAGGGAGCUGGCGGAGUUUCUGCAGUUCUAUAAGAGGGAACACACCAGCUAUGUGCUGCUUCUUUACUGCAGUGCCUAUCUGUACAAACAGUCCUUUGCUAUCCCUGGAUCCUCCUUCCUGAACAUGCUAGCAGGGGCACUGUUUGGUCCCUGGUAUGGACUCCUCAUUGCCUGUACUCUAACUACUAUGGGCUCCACCAACUGCUACCUCCUGUCCCGCACAUUCGGCAAGCGGCACGUGAUUCGCCUCUUCCCUGAUAAAGUGGCUAUGUUACAGAGAAAGUGUGAGGAGAACAGGAGCAGUUUGUUCUUCUUCCUGCUCUUUCUACGGUUCUUCCCCAUGACUCCCAACUGGUUUCUGAACAUCACCUCUCCCAUCCUCAACAUCCCAAUGACCAUGUUCUUCUUCUCUGUCUUCAUUGGUCUGAUCCCGUAUAACUUUAUCUGUGUGCGGACAGGGGCCAUCCUGUCUGAGAUCCACUCCCUUGAUGACAUCUUCUCCUGGGGAACCCUCCUGCAGCUGCUGCUUAUAGCCUGUGUGGCACUGCUCCCGGGCGCCCUCAUCCGCAAAUACAGCAAGACUCACCUCAAACUGGAUGGCAUGGAGCCCAAUGGUCACCAAGCCAAUGACCGCAAGACCAGAUGACCAAGA